GUGAGCAGGGAGCAAAGAUCCACCGGACCAUUGCUGUUCUGCAAGACGUGGAUGAACGUGUGCCAUGACUCGUCGUUCAACUUGGUCUUCGAUAUGGAAGAUAAAUUUCCGUCUCUCCCUAGUUCGAGCAGCUGGUUGUGGGGACCAGAAUUCGAGGAUAAUAUUGACUCUCUCCUCCGUUCUGUUGUCGAUCGGAGGAAAGGAACUCUGAGAGGCUGA